AGUGGAGAUAACUGGGGGUGACGGAAGGUUUAUGAGGAACACCCCUGGGCCAGUUACGUUGCAGGUUAUUGCCUGCUUGGAGAGAAUGCGUUGCCCAAGGAAGUGGGGGGUUUAUUUUCCCUGGGGAUGCGGGGAAAGGAUAUAAGUGAGGUAUUGAUUGUAGUACUGAGAUGAAGGACUGAUAAUUCCCCAGUAAAGAAGCUGCCAGACCUGUGCUCCCCAGAGCAGGGAGCUGAGAUGCAACCGCAGGCUAGCAACAAAAACAACAGGGGGCAGCCUGAUAUGGGAUCCCAGCAAGAAGCAGUAGCAUCCCCAGAGAUCCCUGUAGUCCAGAUCAUGGAAGAAGACCCGUACUCUGUUGCAGGCAGCGAUGGCAGCAUCUCUGCCUCAGUGGCCUCAAUCCAGCCACAGGCAUCUAGCAGCUCGGCUCCCAGUUCCCCUGCUUCCCGCCACUCAGUUAGCACCCUCAAGAAAUGGCUUACCAACCCCGUGCGCAAGCUAAGUGGUGGUGGGCUACCUCGGGGAGAGCGCCCACUCAGGAAAACAGAAGGCCGGACAAGGCGCCAUGGACGCCAGGAGGAUCGCAAAAGUAUUGACCUAGGCCUCCUCAGCCAACCAGAGGAACCCUUCGCUGUUCCACAGGAGUCAAUCAGCACAGAUGGCAAUACUCAUCUCCCAGACCUUUCCUUGCUCUCCAACCUGCUAGAAGGAGAUGGCUUAAAAACACCCAACCAGGCUCCUGAGCCCUCUCUGCUCCCCAUGGAUCCCAGAACCCCAGGGUCUCCCUUGGAACCGCUUGUGCAGCCCCCACUCUCUGAGGAGCAGGAAGAGGAGGAGAGGCGUAGUGCCUUAGAAAAGAGUAUGUUUGUUCUCAGGGAGUUGAUUGAAACGGAGAAGAUGUACGUGGAAGACCUGGGCCAGAUUGUGGAGGGCUAUAUGGUGACCAUGAAUACCCGUGGCAUCCCUGAGGGUAUGAAGGGCAAGGAUAAGAUAAUCUUUGGGAACAUCCACCAGAUCUAUGACUGGCAUAAAGAUUAUUUACUCAAGCAGCUGGAGAAAUGUCUGGAGGACCCUGAUCUUCUGGCUGAGCUGUUCAUAAAGCACGAGCGCCGUUUGCACAUGUAUGUUGUUUACUGUCAGAACAAACCCAAAUCUGAGCAUAUUGUUUCUGAGUUUAUUGACACUUACUUUGAGGAACUGAAGCAGGAACUGGGGCAUCGCCUGCAGCUCAAUGAUUUACUUAUCAAGCCCGUACAGCGGAUCAUGAAAUACCAACUGCUGCUCAAGGAUUUCCUGAAGUAUUAUAGCAAAGCUGGGAAGGACACUGAACAGCUGGAGAAAGCUGUAGAUGUUAUGUGCUUUGUUCCCAAACGUUGCAAUGACAUGAUGAAUGUGGGACGUCUUCAAGGCUUUGAGGGGAAGCUGACUUCACAAGGAAAGCUGCUGCAGCAGAACACUUUUUGGGUGAUAGAGCAGGCAGGCGGGAUCCUGGCUCGGGCUCGUGAGCGUCGCAUCUUUCUCUUUGAGCAAAUUCUCAUCCUAAGUGAGACCCUGGAGCGAAGGCGUGGUCCAUAUGCUGCCCCAACAUAUGCCUUUAAGAGCAGCAUCAAGGUAAGCUGUUUGGGCCUGGAGCCUUGUGUGGAUAAUGAUCCCUGCAAAUUUGCACUGAUCUCUCGUGGCGCAGAACGGGGCACCAUCCGUUAUGUACUGCAGGCAGCAACACCGGAAAUUGCCCAGGCCUGGGUGACUGACAUCAACCUCAUCUUGGAGACACAACGUGACUUCCUUAAUGCACUGCAGUCGCCCAUAGAGUACCAGCGUCGGGAGAGCAAAACCCACAGCCUUGGACGAACAGGGGCUCUGCACCACUCACUGACAGGGGGCUCUAGCCGGCCCUCCUCCUCAACCUCCAUGGACCAGAACAAAGGAUCCAGCCUCCAGGCCCACAAUGCCUCUCUGCCUUCCCUUUAUCUUCCUGGUCCUGCCCCACCUGAGCCCCUCCCCUCUAUCGAGCCAUCUCACAGCCAAAGCUCUCCAGGGCCUGAAUCCUCUCACAUACCUUCUGAGCAACCUGAUAUGCAGCUCUCCAGUGCCCCUCAGCAAGAAACCCAGCAAUUGGUCCUGAUUGAAGAUGAUGCCAGACCGCUGCUCCCCGAUCCUGAGAUCCCAGAAAUUAAUGUCCCUCAAGGCAGUGCCCAACUUGCUAAACUUGACGAGGAUGAGCUGUGACUCUUGGACUGCAGGAUGGUAGCCUCUGUCAGGCAGGCACUUCAGCUGGGGAUAUCUAACGUGUUUCCCACAUCCCUCCUCCCUCUCUGUGGCUGCUGUGGAGGAUAGAGAAAUGUGCAGCAACAGCAGGAUGGGAGGUUUUGCUGUCCUCUGAUCCUGCUCAAAAUGCCCAGACUUCACCCCCUUCCUCGUAUGGGUGCAGGACCCCAUAUUGGGACUAGAGCAUACUGCUGAAGGCCCUUCCCUAGACCCCAGUAUAUGCAUGCUGUGGGGCUCUAGGGACUAUACGUGGGGGGGGCUCUCGGAUGAGGGGUUUAGAUUAUGUGAAAUGAGAAUAUUUUGUUCGUUGUAAUAAAGAUUUUAAUUAAAACUAACAAGGAAGUAAAUUGCAUCACACAAAAUCUGCACAGGCAUCACGAAAAGCUGAUUUCCACAGCUGAUUUUCGUAACAUUUCCUCAUGAGGAGCUUGUGGGGUUACAUGUCAAAUUCUCUGUUUUCUCCAAUUCUUCAUAACUGAGCACUAAAGUGUUAGGCAGGAAACUUCAAGGCAGUCUUGAAUUCUCUCUGUACUAAGAGAACAUUUUCUUCUCUUCCCACUUUUAAAUUAUACUUUAUUCAGGCAUCUAUUUAGCUCAAUACCAAGUCCCUCGUCAUUUAGAUUACAGAAUCCAUCAUCCUGGUCAUUAGAGAAAACGAUCACUGCAUAGGAAAUAGGAAGGUGUGAAUGUAGCUACUACAUUCUUAAAAAAAUGAGAUCUUGGUUUGAUUCUCCAGAUUUAUCAGCUAUUAAUCCAUUUUUGCUGUCACUGGCACAUCCUUGCAUCCCAGCUCAAGGGCUAUCUACUGUAUUAGUGUGCAAGAUUUGUCAAUUAACAUCAGUAUGGAAGGAUCAAGGAAAACUUCCUAUCUAUAAAUCCUGAAUUAAUAGGAUUUAACUUAAUUCCUGAGAGCAAAGGGUUGGGAAAGGGGAUUUCUCCUGUCAAUCCCCUUUUAACAACAGUCUCAGAGAUAUAAAUGAAAGAAGCUUGGUUCUUUUACACUUCAAAGGCCACACAGCCUAUUUUGACAGAGGCAGCUCUGCUUACAAGUUGAUCCUGAUAGUGGUCAGAAGCAUUCUUUAUGAAACAAAGAAAAAGGUUAUUUUCAAUUAAGCAGUUUUUGCAUUUGUUUCCUCUAAAAUUUGCAAGUGAGAGGAGUAUCAGCCAUCCCAUUCAUCAGGUAUUAAGUUCAAAAAGUGCCUCUUGUUAAAAAAAACCCCAACAUUUCUAUCUAGGAAGAUGAAAACUAGAAAUUUUUAUUUCUGUAGAUCCUUCCAAAAUUACCUUUAAAAAAAAGUAUGAAAAACAACUGGAAGCAAUCAUAGAAAAAAAUAUAUAGCUCCACCAACAUUUAAGGACAAUAAAUACUAAUAUUAAUACAUUUUUUUAAAAAAAGCAGAAAAGCAAAAUACUAGGCAAACUAUAAGAGAAUUGUACCCCCCUCCCCCGAAUACUUGUUAUCUGAGCAAUGCCUAGAUGAUACAUUCCAUUGUUGUCCAAGAAAGAAAUGAUGUGGGUCUACCAAACUUGCUUCAGGAGGUUUCACCUCUGAGGGUAAUGCCCUUUUGCUGGCAUACAGCUUGGCUGGUAUUGAAAACAGGUCUUUUAUGGUCUUCAGUCCAAUCCCUGGAGGUGGGGGCUUGACACUUGCUUCGCCCAACAUGCCACAUCUGGAUGAGUUAUUACUGCUGUAUCCUUUUUUUGGGGGGGGGGGCAUGCUACAGGCAAAAGAAUACCAAUGUAUAUUCAUAAUUUACCCACAAGGUAUCUCAAAGACUAGAGCAACUCAUAAAUGUAUGCAGUCACGCAUCCAUCUUGGUUAAAACACCAGCUGACUCUUCUCUCAAAGAUUCCACUGUGGGGCUAAUUGUGUUAAAGACCCCAUUGUGAUGUAGCAGCAAUAGCCCCAUGGACACAAAGGUGAUGAUGGGUUUCCGUGGCAAUUAAGAGGAGGAACAGAGCCCUUUGGAGUGGUCGGUCACAAAGGAACUGACAGCAGUAGUGUGCUUGCAAGAUUAUCUCAAGUAGAGCUGAAGGCAGCGUGAAAGGAUCUGCCUUUCCAUUGGAGAACAAACUUGCAUCUUCUCAGUUUCAUUCCCUAGUAGACUGUUCUUCUCACGAAAAGAAGAGGUGAGUGUCUCAAGACAUUUGGGGAAGGAAGAAUCAGCUACCAGUUCACUGUUUCCAUAUGGUUCUGAGCUGGGUGUGCAUUUUUUAAGCUGGAAUUCAGAUGUGCAUCAAUAAAGGAGAAUAUUUGCAACUUGGGGUUGAA